CCCUCUUUGCAAACAAUAACAUCUUCCUAAUUCCUCUCUCGAGAAACAAACAAGCUCCCCAGACUCUAUGCAGUGAUUCGUGUAUUCUCCUUUUAUCUCCUCGACAAGACAGAUGGCUUCAUUCAGAAACCACCCAGUUGAGCUAAAGAUUGCAGUCAGUGUUAUGCUCAUCUUUUACCUCACAUUUUCCCCCUCCAAAUCAGUUGGGUCAGUAUCUGUAACAGCUACUCACCGUUCCAAGCAAGUGAUGAAAAUGGUUCUGGGUUCAAGGCCACCCAAGUGUGUCAACAGGUGCUUCAGUUGCAGACCAUGCAUGGCUGCUUUAGUUGCUUCUCCCCACCAUAGAAAUGGUCGAAGUUCUUCAUAUCAAGGUGACGAAAGCUAUUAUCUGCUGGCAUGGAAAUGCAAAUGUGGAGAUAAGUUCUUUCAACCUUGAGCAAAGAUUAAUGUAUAUAUAGUUUUAUACUAGCUAGUUACUAUGUUAAAACCCUCUGUCGCUUACAUUAUAGAACUCUAGUAGAAAUCUCAAUCGCCCUAUUACUAUUAGCAGCCUUAUAUUAUAAACUAGGAAGCUCUUCCAUGGCAAUCCUCUCUCUCUCUCUCUCUCUCUCUGUCCAAUGGUGCUGGUGUUAUAUCUGCUAUUUCUUCUACUUCU